AUGGUCCAUGUGUGGGCCCAGAAGGGGGACCGGGAGAGCAAAAAGGCUGACACCAAGGCCCCCACAGACAUUGACAGCCCAAAAAACCUGGUGACUGACCGGGUGACAGAGAACACAGCCACCAUUUCCUGGGACCCGGUGCAGGCUGUCAUCGACAAGUAUAUGGUGCGCUACACCUCGGCUGAUGGAGACACCAGGGAGGUGUCUGUGGGGAAGGAGCAGAGCGGCACCAUCCUGACGGGCCUGAGGCCGGGUGUGGAGUACAUGGUCCAGGUGUGGGCUCAGAAGGGGACUCAGGAGAGCAAGAGGGCUGACACCAAGGCCCCAACAGACAUUGACAGCCCAACAAACCUGGUGACUGAACGGGUGACAGAGGACACAGCCACUAUCUCCUGGGACCCAGUGCAAGCCAUCAUUGACAAGUAUAUGGUGCGCUACAUCUCGGCUGAUGGUGACACCCGGGAGGUGUCCGUGGGGAAGGAGCAGAGCAGCACCGUCCUGACGGGCCUGAGGCCGGGUGCGGAGUACACGGUCCAGGUGUGGGCCCAGAAGGGGGACCGGGAGAGCAAGAAGGCCAACACCAAGGCCCCAACAGAAAUUGACCCUCCCCAAAACCUGGUAACCGACCGGGUGACAGAGGACACGGCCACCAUCUCCUGGGACCCAGUGCGAGCCGUCAUCGACAAGUAUAUGGUGCGCUACACCUCGGCCGAUGGCGACACCCAGGAGGUGUCC